AUGAAGCGACAGGCGAACCACUCCGUUCUGAAGUCUACAGGUGCGACAGUGCUCUCACCUGGUCCUCGCGUAUUCGGAGCUCCAGAGCAGAAGGCCAGCGCUGGAGCUUCAAUACCAGGCUCCAGCGCAGAGGAUGUACGAGCUCCCAGCGGCAAGGAGAACAGGCCUGAGCGGCGUGAAAGGUCGGGCUCGGUAAGCCGAGCACCCCUCGGCAAAGGAACUGACUCCGUGCCGCUGUCUGGGCUGAAGGACCCUGAGGACCUGAAGCAGGGAGGAUCCCGGCCGCCACGCGGGCGUUCGAACUCGGGCUCGCAGCCAGCCACUGCAGCUUCAGCUGCAGUCGAGCAGACAGCUGCCUCCAAAGCUCCAGUUGCUUCUGAGGCUCCUACCAGGGCUCGUGGCAGCAAAGGUAGCAAAGAAGUUCCGGCAUCGAGCCCAUCUUUGGCCUCUGAGUCAGGACGUCGAGGUAGAAGACCCUCCCGAGAACAGCAAGAAAAAGCCCUUGACGAUGAGCUGGAAGCUCUUCUCAAGGGAGUGGAGGAACCGGUUCCACCUGCAUCGGCUGUGAAGGAGCCGGUCAAGGAGCCUCCAAAGGAGCCUCCGAAGGAGCCCGCAACAUCUGCCACGGCAGUGGCCCAAGCCACGGAGGUACCGGGCCAGGAGCGAUGCACAGUUUGCGGGACUCAGUUCCAGAACGGCCAGAGCAUCUACGAGAGCUCUGUUGCUGGCCAAAAGCAGGUGCUGUGUAGCGGCUGCUGGUCUCAGGUGGCACCGCACUGCAUCGCUUGUGGCAAGCUCAUUUCGGGACCCAUGGCAAAGGUCGGCGAUGACGUCUACCAUCAAGAGUGCCUGAAAUGCGCUAUAUGUUCCAAGACCAUUGACGGGGCCCUCUCCAAACUGGACUGCGGCAUUUGCUGUGGCGCUUGCACUGAUGAGGUGGACAAAGACUUGCGAGAGCUUCGGAAGCUUUGGCAGGCUGGCGACCUCGAAGGCGCCGCGCUCCUGGAAGGGAGCCUGAAGGCUCGAGGCAUCAAGCCACCAGAGCUGAAGAGACCAGACCUCGGGCACUGCAGCUCCUGUCAGCUUCCUUUUAGGCCAGGACAGCAGGUUUACCAGAAGGAUCAGGAUUCCAAGAUGGUUUGUGAAGCCUGCUACCUCUCGGCGGCCCCCUGCUGUGCAGUUUGCUCAAAGCCUGUCGUGGGCACGGUCGCCAAGGUGGGAGACAACAGCUAUCAUCCUGAGUGCUUAGUCUGCUCCAGCUGCGCUAAGCAGAUCUCUGGAUCUUUCGCCCAAACAGAGAAAGGUUUCGUAUGUGCGGAGUGCCAGGCAACCUCAGCUUCCUGA